GGGGUUUAAUUAAUGUGGAUGUGUGCUGGGUUACGUAAACAAAAAUAUAGCAACAUCAUAAAUCCACUUCUUCAACCUAUGAUUAAAUUUAAGCAACUUUAAAACCAAGGUCACAUUAAACCCAGAAUUUAACAAUCGGGUCCUGGUUUGCACCGUAGUUGUACUCAACCCCAAUAUACACAGACAAUUUUUGCUACGCCGUAGAGUUCCCGUUCUUAGUGGCACGCGCAUAAGAACCGAGUAGCGAAUAGUUCAAAAAGUGCAGGAAAAUUUAUGUUGCUUUGGAAAUGAAAUCAUGAUUUGACACUAGCGCAAUAUAUGCACGAAUUAUAGAAUAACAUAUAUUUUGAAAUGGUGUUAGGCCUACUCUGGAUAUUGUUCGGAUUAGUUUCGGAAGGAUGUUGUCAGAGUGGUCCAAGCGGAAGUGCUGUAGACCUCGCGAUCAUGAACCAGAAUAUGAUGAAACCGAACUGCCCGUAUACCCCUUGCCAGAGCGCUUGCCUCGUGCCUGACGACAAAACGCCCGGAUGUUACAUCUGCAACCCAUCGUGCACGCCUGCAGCAGUAGGGGGAACAGGGGGAAAUAUGGCGCCAAAUAUGAUACCACCCAUGUCUAAUCUAUACAACGGAGGCUUCAACUAUGGUCAAUGCCCGCCCAACUGUGAAACAUACUAUGAACAGAUGGCUGUCAAGUGCGCCUGUACAACACAAAAGCAAUCCGUCGAUACACAAGUAGCCACACCAUCUACGGCAACAACACGAUUGUCAACAACAACAACUCCUACGAAACUGACAACAGUUACCACAUUGAAGACAACCACAAUACCAAAGACUGUAGAGUCAAGCCCUACUCCAGUUUUAACACAACAACACACAGAAACAACCAAAAGUGCGUCCAUACAGUUUCAACCAACAAUAAAAUGGACCCAUCCAAAACAAGAUGACGGUUUUCCAAUGAACAUUGAAAGGACAUCCACAUUAAGUCUUUCAACACCAAUGCCAACACCAACAAAUUACCACCAAGAAGAACAAGAAAUAAAAGCACAAGAGCAUCUAACACAACAAUCUAACAAUGACUUUGAGGUUAAUAAACUGAGCUUCCUAUUGUUUGGGCUUAUGGGCAUAAUUAGUGUUUUCACAACCUUUUUCUUUUAUUCGUGGCGCAAAACACUUAACAAACUACGUCGAAACAAAGACGAAUUGUACUUUGUCCAGAAGGCCUACAGACAAAAUUCAAACCAGUCCGCACAGCCCCUAUGGAGCAGCGAGAUGUUGGACCCAGUCUACACAGAGGUGCCCCCAAUACCACCCCCGAGACCUCCCGUGGAUACUUGUACGCCUUUGCGUACCCUAUCAGUGUCAAGUGAGACCCCUAAAAAAGAGGGGCUGGAAACAAAAGAAGAAAAAGUGCACGAUUAUCUGGAACUUAUCUAAGAUUGUGAUCAGACAGACCGACAGACAGACGGACCAACCAGCCGAGCGACAGACGGGCAGACAGACCGACGACCGACAGACUGACAUGGAAACAUGAGCAGUGAAAAUACAAGCUUGAUUUGAAGUAUCAAUGUUGCACGUUUUAUUGAAAUAAUAACUAUGCAUUUCAGCAACUUCAUACCUCUUAAUUUCGUCAUACAAGUUUUUUUCACAACAUAGAUGUAUUUUGAACAAACUUGGAACAUUUAAACUGAACAAAAUGAGUGUUUCUAAGAAAGUCACAAUAGAGAAUUAUAAUGAGUGUUUAACUUCUGAACGAUGCUAAGAAAUUUGUGCACUCUUCUAAGACUGAAAAUAGAUGUAGUAAGAUAUACACAUGUAGAAAGAGUAUUCACAAUUCAUUGUGUGGAUUUUAAAGCGUUAUUAUUAGCAGGAUCAUCCAGAAUUCAGACUCAGAACACUGAAAACAGACUUUCUGACAAUUAUUUUCUGUGAUUUAUUUAUUAUCUUGAAUAAAACUUUUUUGAAGUUUA